CAAAUCAAAGAAAUGGCUGUAUCGGAUUCAUCGCCUGAACUUCGGCGCUUUGAAAGAACCAUCCCUUUGAGGCAAUCGCGUGGGAAUAUAGGUCCUUUCCGCGCCACACAAAUAUGGAACGAGAUAAUCUCUCAUGUGAAGAGCAAAGUGGAGCUGAAGCGUCGUCGUUACAAGAUGAGACACUAUGACAACACAUUCACAGGCACAGAUGCUGUGGAUGUUGUCCUGCACUAUCUCCUGAGUGACAAAGAAACAUUCUGUACAGACCUGUCCAGGGACAAGGCUGUCAAGGUGUGCCAGAUGUUAAUGAACCAAAAUGUGUUUGAGCCAGCCAGCUGCAGGUCCAGUGAAGCCAAGAAACUGUUUGAGGACAGUAAUAAUAAACUGUACCGAUUUGUUGACUCUGACAAGGAAAACAAGGAUGAAAGUCAGGACGAAAGCGAAGCAUCUACAAUGGAUGAUUCUUCUGACUUCAAAUCUGGGAAAGAUCAUAUGAGAAUCAACCCAGCAUUUGAGCCUGACCUACUUGAGGAUGAUCUGUUGUGUAACCCGCUGGCGUUGCAGCAGUCAGCCUCUGUCAUGCAGGAACUCAUCAAACUAGGCAGCUCUAUACGAUGUAAAAGUGCCAGUUCUCUCAAGUCAAUUGAUCUCAAACGUACACGGUCGGAAGACAGUCAGGAAAUAUCACCAGAAGUGGUGGAGGAGACCUGGAAGGAGAUAGCCCUGGCUGAGCUUCUGACAAUAGUGGACAUUAUGUUCCUUGAUGGUAUCCUUAGUGAGGAAAAAGAAAACAAGCGCCAGCAACGUCGUAAUGUCAUCAUCUCAAAUGUUGUUGCCAAACACAGUGUUGUGCCCUUCCUGGAAGGUUCAGACACAACUGACUGCGUCAUGCAGGCAGCUUUUGACUGUAUAGAAUGUCUACCCAAGGGAAUGGCUCUCCUAUCUGAUGAUACCCUUAAACAGACAGGGACACAAACAAAACUGAAACUGUUCAAGAUUAUUUCCAAGUAUUAUCAGGACCUGUCAGACCCUCUACUUCCGGAGAGGUUUUUUGAUUUGCAUAUGGCUAUACUGAACCUGAUACUGACUGGGAGAGAGGAGACUGGGCUGCUGGCUCUAAAGCUGGAUGUGGUGCUCUUGCCAUGGGCAGUUCGUGAAGAGCUGCAGAGGUUACUCAAGUUUAUGUUGGCAAUUGCCAAGGAUAACACCUUCAAGAUUGAUGAACAGGAGACAAACGAAGUGAUAGUUUUGAGAACAUUCAGUGGCUGCAUCUUUAAGCACAAGGUGUUGUCAUCCAGUGUUGGAGCAGAGCUGGUGCAAUUCUUCCUCAACCACCUCUCUGAUAUCUUCAUUGUUCCACGUUCCAUCAGACAGAAAGUUGCCUUCCGACUAUAUCAAGUCAAAACAGGCAUAAUGGAGAUAGUCAGUGACUCAACAUUCUGCAGCCGAGUUACCCAGGAGGAAUAUCAGAAGCAGUCUCAAGAUGGAACAAAGGAAGCCCUCAUAGAAAUGAUGAACGCUGUAUUAGAUGAUACACAAGUGCCCCUCAAAGAAAAGAAACAAAGAUUAAAAACGUUUCAGAAGAUAUAUCCAGCUCUUUAUGAAAAGUACUUCCAGGGACUAAUUUGAACAACUGCAGUUUGAAAUGCUGAUGGUGCUAUAGACAGAAUUGUACAAAUGUAUGUACAGUGUCAACU